AUGACCGAUCGUCGUCCACUCAUCUACGAGACGUCGGACCUUUCAGAGAGCUCAGACAAUACGCCUGCAUUGCCCAACCUAGGCUUCUCGAAUAACCCUCACUCCCUCGGGAUCACGCAUAUCUCGCCUCCGACCAGCCCACCGGCUUCGCGCCCUAGCUAUUCGAGAUUCCAGAGCGAUGCGACCGCUGUCGAGAGGAAUACACCAAGUAUCGUACACGAGGAGGAUGAGGAGGAACAUGUCGCGGAUAGCUUCCUACGGCAGAGUAGCAGUGGACUGGGCAUAGCAGCGGUAGGCGCACCUGCGCAGACAGCCAGAAGGGUUAGCAUACAAUCAAUUCCUAGAAAAUCUAUUGGUCCUGGUCCAAGAAGCCCACCGAUAAGAAGUCCUGGUACUUUUUCUCCGCCGGGCUCAGCCGAUCCAUUCUUUGGUAGCUUCCUUAAAGACUCAUCAAAUGAGAAUACCCCGGAUCUGAGGCGGGAGAGGUCGAGCCCUGAUGUCGGAACUUUUGAAGAGUUUCGAAGAGGCGUGUUGAAGAAUGGAAGACAGAGUAGUGCAAGCGUAAAUGAAUAUCAGCACUACUUAGAGAACCCGGACACGGAAAGAUUGAGGGGCGCGCCAUCAAUCAAGUCGGCUUACGAGAAUGAUUUCCGUCCUGCCCACGAAUGUCCAACCACAAGAGACUUUUAUCACUCUCGGUUCACCUGGUUGAAUAUGAGUAUCCUUGUGAUCUGUUUGUUCUCCUGCAUCUUCUCGGCUCUCUUCCUAGGCCUUGCGUUGAAGGGGCCGCGUUAUGGCAAGCGGAUUACAAGUCAGGGUUCAUUUAAGCCUGCCGAUGCCAUACUUCUAACGACUGUGUUUGCAAAGCUUGUAGAGCUCUCUUUCGUUACGUCCUUUGUCGCUUUCCUGGGCCAAGUGCUGAGCCGAAGAGCGUUCAUGAAAGAGCACGGCCGUGGUGUGACCUUGUCGGAGAUGAGUAUGUGGAGAUGGGUAGUUCAGCCAGGGACACUCAUUACUCACUGGGAGACGGCUAAAUAUGCUGGCCUGUCUCUGUUGGGUAUCUUGAGUCUCCUCAGCGCGAUACUGGCAACCCUGUAUUCCUCCGCAGCCACAGCCCUCGUUCAACCACUGUUGAAGGAUGGUUUGUGGGAAAACAUGGUCAUGGCGGGUCAGGUCAAGACCGAUUUUGCUAAUGUCAACUACGUCAAGGAACUUUGCCAAACUCCCAUCCGGACUGACAAAGAAUACGCAGGCAGCACUUGUCUUCAGAUUGAGCAUGCGGGCCAGGGAUUUCAUAAUUAUCAGCGUUAUUUGGCAUACUGGAAUACAGCGGCUGCAAACGGAAAUGGUACUUCGGACCAAAAUGAUCGGCCCCCUGGAUUUGGACUCCUCUAUGAGAACACCACCGUGACUGCGCAAUGGAUCAACAUUAUUAACACCACUGAAGUCUCCAAAACACAUCAUCGUGCUAUCAACAAUGUGUCGCUAGCUAUGCCUCACUCGGGGGUCUUCGCCGCUGCACGAGAUCAAAGGAAUGGUAUACUCCAGCCAGAAAAGCUGAACUCAGAAGGAACCUAUUCGUUACGUGCGUCCGUCCCGUCGCCAGUCAUGAACGUACUCUGUGCGAAUAUGAACGAAAACGAGCUCAAGCCUAUAGUCUAUGAUACGUGGAAUGACGAAUUGGUCAAUAUCACGACCUGGCAGACCUUAUGGAACAAUGCUACCACUACGAACAAGACAAAGGUAGACGACAUCUUUGGCUGGAAUAACAAAGAGAGGAUAAAUUAUCCGCCUGUCUUCGCCAGAUACCCAAAACCAUUCAACACAAUCAUGAAUCAUACCAGUUACCCCUGGGGAAGAGCUGCGAUCUACUUACUUGGGCAGGGUGGGCCAGCGGACGACGGUAUAAACGCAACUGGGACGUAUGUGUUGUGCAAAAUCCACGUCUCAAUCACACCAGAAUGUAGUACGCGUUACAACGCCACAGGCUCUAGCGGUACGAUGGAAGCCCUCUGCAAAGAUCGCGCCGACGAUAUGGCGUACAUCAAGAGCCAGCCGAACGCGACAUAUGUGGAAAAUCUCAACAAUUGGCGAGACAUCGGCUACGAUUGGUCAAAUAGCCUCUCACUGAACACGGGCAUUGUAGAUGGGGCUGCGAGUAAUUCGCGAUUAUUGACGCAGUUGAUCCUGACGCCGAGUAACCCGGAUCCCAAAGACCUUCACGUGGAUUUAAGCCCUGCACUGCCUAGCGUGGGUGAGGCGCUGGCUGUUAUGUCCGGUUGUACGCUACUGAAGAGUAUGCUUGACGCGCCGUUCGUGCCUUUUUGGAAUUACACCGCUUCCAUACUAAAAGAACCUCAAACCCAGUAUUUCAACGCCUCCAUCAAGGCCCAGCAAUACGCCUCUGGUGGUGUCGACCACGCCUCUAAAGGCUGGCUCAUAAUUCUUCUCCUAGUCUUCCUCAUGAAUAUCUUCGUUCUGCUCUACUUCAUCAUACACCGCGGCCUCGUAACCGACUUCUCGGAACCACCAAAUAUGUUUGCGCUCGCUGUCAAUUCGCCGCCUUCGCAUGUUUUAGCUGGGUCCUGCGGUGGCGGACCUGAGGGUAAACAGUAUAUGGUUAACUGGUUUGUGAAUCAUGAGGGGAGUCACUUGUUUAUGGAACCGGGCGAGAAAGCGCAUCUACUGGGUGGGAAUUCUAAGCAUCCGCAUUCCCAUCCCCAUGUACACGUACACGAUCCUGCCGAAGAGAUCCCACCAGGGCAAGCCAAACCUAGCAGUGGUUUCCUUGCGACAAUCACCGGGGCGGUUAGGAGGGGACUGGGUAUGAAGGAACAGCCACCUACGAAGCUGAAGUCUGCGAGUGCCGUCGAAAGUCUAAGGGCACCGAGUGUUAGGCCAUUAAGUAUGGCGGCAAGUGACUACGAGAUGGAGGAUGGGCAUACAAGGACACAACGGCAGUACGAUAAGCUGGCGAAGAGGAGAAGUGUAUUAUAG